CCAGCCCUAAGCUGCAUCGAUGUAGCACGGAGGAACAGCCAAGAAAAAACUUGCUCACCGGCCGAAACGCUCUCAGUGAAGAGCUGCCCUUCUGGUCGAACUCCUCGAGCCAAUGACAAGUGGAUUACUUUGUUUGGCGCCGACAUUCCCUGCAAUAUCACUAAGACUUCGGAACGUCACGAACGCCCCCUUCACAUGUGUUUUGGGUGUCAUACUGGAUGCUGCCAUGGGCGGAGUGGAAUGCUAAAACACGAUGGGCUGGGGAGAGUUUCUGAGGGAGCUAGGGCCAAUCCUACAGGGAACAUUUCGGCCCUCUCAGUCACUGUCUACGUAGCCCGUGUCUUGUUUCGAGUAGGGGAGCAUUCGGCGAAAAGCCGGACCCGUAGGUUGUUUGAGCUGCAUUUCCUUCCGAUGUCAUCUCCACUGUCAUGCGAAGAUGCAGAAAAUUUGAUGUCUCAAUGA